AUGACAAAUCACACCCAUGAUGUAUUACUCAGAGCAAGAGAAGCCAAUAGUCAUGGGUUCGACUUUAAGGACGACCUAGUCGAUACUCAUGACCCUGGUGGCUUUCCUAAAGACUCUCGAUCCCAACAGUCAGCUCCGAAAAUGGUGCAUGACAUCAGCAUGGUUGGCUGUGGGGAUGAUCUUCUCCAACAGGCAGCAAUGACAAAAGCUUCACUACACGCCAACCCAACUCCACUCGUCGAUCCCUUGGCAGCAGAAUGGUCGAUGUUGGCACUUCCAAUUUACUUGGAUAAAAUGUUCAAUCAGUAUGUGGCUAUAAUUCUCUCUGUGACUUUUUCUCUAUUUUUUGGAGAGGUUAUCCCACAAGCUAUAUGCACUAGAUGUGGACUUGCAGUAGGUUCCAACUUUGUUUGGCUUGUUCGAAUUUUGAUGAUAAUUUACUACCCAAUUUCAUACCCAAUUGGAAAGAUUUUGGAUUGGGUAUUAGGACAUAAUGAAGCUUUAUUUAGGCGAGCUCAGUUAAAAGUCCUUGUCUCCAUCCACAGCCAAGAGGCCGGCAAGGGUGGUGAGCUUACACAUGACGAGACAACAAUUAUAAGUGGGGCACUAGAUUUAACUGAGAAGACAGCUGAGGAGGCUAUGACACCCAUUGAAUCAACGUUUUCCUUAGAUGUCAAUUCAAAGUUGGACUGGGAGGCUAUGGGAAAAGUUCUUGCUCGGGGGCAUAGUCGAGUUCCUGUCUAUUCUGGGAAUCCGAAGAACGUUAUUGGACUGCUUCUGGUGAAAAGUCUUCUUACUGUACGACCUGAAACAGAGACUCCAGUCAGUGCCGUUUCCAUCCGGAGAAUACCACGGUUUGCUUAACUCUUCAAUUACUAAUUUUUUAUUUUUCAGAAAAUACAUUCAGUCAGAGUAUCCAGUGUUGAUUUGUAUGUUGUAUACU